UGCAGAGACAGAGAGCAGAGAGAGCACAGUAAAUCAGAGACACGGACAGGGAAAGUGGGAGAGGAAAACAAGACAAAUCAAAGACUAAGUGCAGCUCAGCUGAGGACUUGACGAAUGCUCAUCCAGCUGGCUUAAGGUUGUCCUCACUGUCUCUGCUGUGAAGCGUCUGGGCAGAAUGGAUUUCAUUUUGGUCUGGCAGACACCGAGCAGGAGCUCUGUAGAUAACUAUCACUCCUUUUGGAUUAUUUCAGACGCCGCUGAUGUUGUGAUGAAUGGGAAUGACAGCAUGCAGAAAGGAAGAUGAACCUUGAUUCUCUGGAAAGCUCGAUCCAGAACCUGCUGUCGGUGCUUUACCCGCCCUUCGAGGCCACCGCCCCCACUCUUCUCAGCCAGCUUUUCCAAAUCAUUGAUAGUCGUUAUCGGGGAGACGCCCUGCGGUGUCUGUUGGACUUUCUGGUCCCGGCCAAGCACAUCUUAGACACCGUGCAGCAGGCUGCAUGUGCUCAGUACUCUGAUGUCCUUUUCCUGUGUGAGGGCUGGCCUCUGUGUUUGCAUGACCAAGUUGUCGUCCACCUCGCUCCCAUCAACCCCCUGCUACUUCAGCCUGGCGACUUUUAUCUCCAGGUGGCACCAUUCUGUGAACAAUCAGCUCGCAUCGUGGUCUGCAGCCUUCUGGAAGAGGAGGGGCUUAUAGUGGAAGUGGUCGAGGAGACCCCGAUCCCUGAAACUUCUUAUCCUUGCAUAUUCAGCUGUGACUGGUUAAAGGAGAUCAACCAGGGCCGCAAUGGAACGCCUCUUAGCCAAUGCCUGCUCGCCACUGAACAGGGUGUGUUGAGGUUACCAUGGAAACGGGUGGCCGUGCCUGACUUUGUGGACGUGCCAGUGUGUGCGGGGAGUAGUAUGGCCUCUGCUCCUCCUUCAUAUCCUCCUUUACCGCCUCCGCUUCCUCUUCCUCCACCUCUUCCUAACUUUCCUGAGAAUUCUUCUUCAAAUAGUUCAUUUCCUCUUUCUCCUUCGAAGGAAUCUACACCACAAAAGUAUCCUGUAACCAUUCAAAAUUCUAUGUUCGCAUCUUCUUCACAUCCCUCUGCCUUCUCUGUGGAGACCAGAAUAUGUCCAGCAAAGCACGGCAUUGCCGUGUCACUCUGUCUGGUGGAUACAAGCACUGCAUCUUCUUCUAGGCUGGUUAAAGUGAAAGAGACUGAAACUGAGCCUAAGCCCAUUGGCUGGGUGUCUCCUAAUAAGUGGGACAGCUGCCUUACUGGGACAGAUCCAAAUACAGCUACAAAAACAAGCGCUGUUUCAGGUACAUGCAUCCCUGCAAGUGGAGAUAUAAUUACAUGCAAAGGUGAAGAUAAGGGUGUCAUCGUUGAAAAUAUAGGGUCAGAUAAACAUAAAGAUACAAACAUUAAAGAUAUAAGCAGGAGAGAGCCCGCAGGCCACGCUGCAUUAGAAGGGGAUUAUAUUGAUAUUCUGCAGGCAACUAUGCUUUUUAGUAGAGCUCAGUCAGCAAAUAAAGAACAGAAAUUAGACAUGCAAAUGCAACCACACUCACAAGUUGAACAACAAAUGCAAAGAUAUCCACAAAGACAAGCACCAAUGCUACCACGUGCACAGACUGAGUCGCACAGGCAACCAAACACACAGGUAUCACCUCAAGGACAGUCACAAGCUCAUGUGUGGUUACCUACAAAACCACAAAGUCUUUCUAGAUCAGAGGCUGCUGUAACAAAGAGGCCCAACAUGUCUGCAGAAACACCGCUCCAUCAUUCCCAGUCCCAUCACCCUCACCCUGACUCCUUUGAAUCUUCUCAGUGUGUCCGCACUGUUCGCUUCUCAGAGAAACCCUGCACGCCCUGCAUGAGGAGAAGACAAGGCGGAAAGACUUCCAGAGCUCAGGAGCUGAGGUGUCGAUACCGAGACUCCUACCAGGCUGCUAUACAAAACCCUGUCACCUUUGGACAGGAGAGGGAGAGGGAGAAUAUGUUAGCUGUGCUAGAGGAGGAUGGUGAUUUCUCACAGUGUGAUGACAGAGCACCAGAAAUAGGGGAUCCAUGGUGUAAUGUUGAAGGAAUGUGGUUUGAUCCCAGGAUGCAACGGCAGUGUCCUUCCUCUGUCAGUGGAGCCAUCUGUAAGGAGUCAGGAGAGAUGAACACUGUUCCAUAUUGGAGAACAGGAGACACAAACACUGCCCCCUGUGUGGAUUACAGGGGAACUAAUGCUGUAAUGUUUGGUGGGCUACCAGAACAAUCAACUGAGAAGACCACUCUGCUAUUCAGGGAACCAAGGGAGACACACUCGGCCAAAACUUAUGGCAGUUUACACAAUGUGAACAGGACAAAUUCCGCAGAAAUGAGGGCAAACAGUAACAGAGCCUUGUCAAGUUUAAAUGAUCAGUCAGAUGCCAAGUCUGCCAAACGCAGCGGAUUACCAUUUACUUCAGGUGAAUUUCCAGCGAUGAACAUGACCCCCAAGCCUCAUGAAAGGCUACAAAGCAGAACCAAUUCCACAGGAGUGAAUCCAGACUUUCACAAAUCUCUUUCAGCGCCACAUAACAGACGGGACUCCACAUUAGAUGGAAGAUGCUCAUCGCUCUCCACAGCUGUGGUGGACACAUCAGAGAAGUGUGCGCUCGUCAUUGUUGAAGGUCACAAUGUUCGGAGGAGAGAAAACACUGGCUCCUGUGCGGAGAUUCCUCAGUUGCAUGUGGUCAAAUGUAAAAACAGCACAGCCUUUGGACUGGUUUCACCCAAGAUCAACCGGAAGAAGACGGUCAUUCCAGAUGCUGCUCAGCCUGGUAGUACGCUCAUUACCAGUAGAAAUGGCCAUCAAAUGGAGAAACUGUCACAGUCAGAUCCACCUCCAGCAGCAGAGACACAGAAGAUCUCCCAGCCUGCCUCUACUCGUCCCAGACCUGACCACCUUCCCCUGGGAUCCCCAGACCCCAAAGCCCACCCGCUCUACUCAGGAGUAGCAUCUCUGACGGGUGGCAGAGACCGGACGGGCAGAGUAAUAGUCGAGAUCUAUGGACACCAUCCGGGGUGGAGUUCAGCACUAACAAGCCAGGAGCUCUUCCAGAUGCUGCUCUACUUCCGCACUAUCACCAGGAGAGAAAUCAGAGAGGCUGGGAUGACACUCAUUUGUGAUUCAAGGAAGACAAAUCCUCAGCCACAGCUCUAUAAGGCCUUGAUGACUCUUCAAGAGCAGACUCCUCAAGCAGUAAACAGUUUUGUGCUGCUGGUGGACAAGGAGAGCAGCCUUCGGCCAGAGAGGUGUCCCGGCAUCCAGACUGAAGUGGUGACAUCCAUGAAAGCCUUGUUGAAGCUGGUGGAGGUGAGCCAGCUGAGCUCCCGGCUGGACGGCACACUGUCUCACAGCCACUGUGACUGGAUCGAGCUGCACCAGAAACUCUUCCCAUUUGUGUCUGACCUUCAUGAGGCAUCCAGCCUUCUCCUGAGAGCCAUCAGCAAGUUAGAGGAGCCCCAGAGGACAGACACUGUGCAGACUGUGCAGCAGUGCAUGGUGGACCAGAGGACUCUGAUGAGGAAUGUACUGGAGGACAGCCGAUUGGUCAGCCUGCAGAGGGAGGGUGGGGCCAUCCUGGCGAGGCUGAGGAAGGAGAGUGAUCUCAAAUACCCCCACUAUGAAAACCUCAGUGAUGCGGUUGACUCAGUGACCAGCCUGUACAAUCAUGUAGAGGAGCAGGCCCACGUCCUCGUACAGAGGUCCAACGUGUCACUCGAACACCUUGAAUAUCUGCUGCAAAUCAGAGAGCUGGAGGGACACUUCAUCCAGAUGCAACAGUGGUUCAGUGUAGAGGGAGAGCGCCACCUGCUGGAGGCUGAAUCAGUCGAGGACUCUGGAGACAGAAUGGAGCAGAUUCUCAACAGCUUCACCGGUUUCCUUAUUGAGGCUAAUGACCGAAGGCACCACGCCAUGACGUUGGUGUCGGAGGCAGAGCAACUCCAGCAGAGCGGGCUCUCCUACCCGGAGACGGAGGCGUUCGGGACACUAGUCUGCGCCUUCAAGUCAGGCCUAGAGGACUUUCUGUGCAAGGCAGAGGCAUGCGGCAGGGAGCUGCAGAUCAUGGUCAACGUGUGUGACUUUUGUGAGCAGGCUACAGCUCUGGCCAGUGAAUGCAUUGAGUACCUAGACCAGAGUCAGUCCAGUCUCCACACAGUGCAGGACCAUGACCAGACUUCAUCUGCCAAUCAAACAAACACUCAGCCAAUACAAUACCAAAAUCAAGAGUCUAUACCGAGCACUGCAUCCACAGCUGAUACCGGUACAGCCCAUGCCUCAGAACCAACCACCACCUGUGUUUUACUGCCAGGCAAUGACACUUCGACCCUCCAGACUUUCCAAGACAGGUUCCUCCAGUUCACCCCAGAGAGAUUUCAGGAGGUGAAAGCCCAGGCUGGAGCCCUGAGGGGCUCCAGGGGGAUGCAGGUCUGGAACGUAGCCUGGCUGAGAUGCCAGGAGGCGAGGCAGCAGCUUCAGGAGAGGAUGCAGGAGGUGGAGGAGGUCAUACAUCAACAACCAAAUUCAAGCAGCUGGUGUGAAUGUCAUUAUGUCGAUGUGGUGAACGUUCAGACUCCGUCCCGUGGGGGCCAGAGUCUGGUGGUGCAGUCAACGCCAGGGCCUCGGCACCCACAGUGGGAGGGCAUUGUGUCGGGAGCGGUGGAUUUAGGGAAGAGAAGGCCAGUCCUGGGCACCAACAACACUAACUCAACGACUGUAGCCUGCUGUAACAUCAUUGUUAAACCUGAGGAUCACAGUGAUGCUGGAACCAACCAGGGGUCAAAGGUCACUCCUCAGUCACCGCACAGGUCAGCAAGGAGGUCAGAAAGAGAGUCAAGGAGGAGACAGACAAGCAGAACGAGGAGUGAGAGAGACGCCGCUGCUCUGUCUCAGUCCCACACUGUUGGCUGCCAGUGGUUUCCAUGGGGACGAAGUCUUGGACUGCGGUCUGUGAGCCAGGACUCGUGCACCACAGCAGCAGCGACGGCGGGAUCAUCCACUCCUCCAGAGCAGCGGGUUCGAUCCCCGUCCUCCUGCUCCCAUCAUGGUCAGCCGUCUUGUCGGAUCCUCCAGGAAGCCCAAAAGUUCCAGAUCUCCCGCCACGGGAGCUUCUGCUCAGAGGACUCCUGUAUGAGUGACCGGGGCGCUGCAGGGGGUAACGGGAGUUUAUGCUGCAAACACUCCAGCCUGCCCAUCGGGAGAUAUGAGGGGGCCCUUUGUUUGGCAAGUCCGCAGGAAAGUGCCAGCAAUGCCCUGAGGCUGCAGCGUGUCCUGGAGGAGCUGGUCUUCACAGAGAGGGAGUACGUCCGCUCACUGGGCUACAUUUUGACCCACUACCUCCCCCUGCUGGACAGACCAGACGUCCCCCAGGACCUCAGGGGCAAGCGAGGUGUCAUCUUCGGCAACCUGGAGAAGCUUUAUGACUUCCACAGCCACUAUUUCCUGCCAGAGUUGGAGGCCUGCCAGAGGGAGCCCGCCAUGGUGGCACGCUGCUUCCUCAGACAUAGUGAAAGUUUUGGCCUGUACGCUCUGUACAGCAAAAACAAACCUCUGUCAGACGCCCUGAUUCUGCACCGUCGCCAUGACAUCUUCAAGAAGAAGCAGCAGGAGCUGGGGGACAUGAUGGACCUUUCAUCCUACCUGCUGAGGCCCAUCCAGAGGAUCAGCAAGUACAGCCUCCUGCUGCAGGACAUGCUCGCUCUGGCUGGCUCAUACAGGCCUAAGGACUUGAUCCAGGAUACACUGCUCGCAUCAAGUGUGUGCGCGCAAAGUGUGUGUGGCGCAGGUUCAUACUUGCCUGAUUUAACGAGCAGUGAGAGGGAGCGGGAGAGGGCUGAGAUCCAAGCUGCUGCGGACCUGGUUCGGUUUCAGAUGCGACACGGCAAUGAUUUGCUCACCAUGGAUGCCAUCCAGGAUUGUGACGUGAAUUUAAAAGAGCAGGGCCAGCUGAUUCGCCAGGACGAGUUCACAGUUUUCUUUAGGAAGAAGAAAUGUGUCCGCCGCAUCUUUCUCUUUGAAGACCUCAUUCUUUUCAGCAAGACCAAGAGGACAGAUAUUGGCAACGAUGUUUAUGUCUACAAGCAGUCAUUCAAGACAUGUGAUAUCGGGAUGACCCACAACUCAAGUGUGAACGGCUUGUGUUUUGAGAUUUGGUUCCGCCGCAGAAAAAGUGAGGACACUUACACCCUGAAAGCCUCCAGCAUGGAGGUGAAGAAAGCCUGGACCACUGACCUGGAGAGGAUUCUGUGGGAUCAGGCCACUCACAGUAGAGAGCUACGUAUGCAGGAGAGGGUGUUCAUGGGAAUGGGCCGCAAACCUUACUUAGAUAUUCAACCCAGUGAUGCUGCCAUCUGUGACCGAGCCGUCAGCUGUGCCCUGCCUGGGAGAAUCCCUGUGGCGUGUUGUUCUCACAGGGGCUUAGAGUAUCCACGACCUCACUCCAUUGGCUCUGGCAGCACCGCCUCCACCACCCUCAGCCAAUCAUCUUCCUCCUCUGGUCGGGGCUCGCUGCCCCCUGCUGGUUAUCCUGGGAACCACCUACAGGGGUUGGAGAGCAGUCUCGGUGUCUGCUCCUCCCCUGAGGCUGUGGCUGAAAAUGAACUCAACAACUAUCAUCUUCAUCAGCAUCAUCUUCAUCGGAACUGUGAAAAAUGGAAAAAUCACCAUCCACUGAUCGACAGCACUGAAUCAUCUGCAGAACACAUCAACCUCUUCAGCAGCUCAGACCGCAGCUGCCUGUCUGCCAUUGGUGGAGAGGUAGUGGACGACUCCUCCUCGAUUGCAUCCCAGAGUUCAAAGUCCCGUCCAUCACUUUGUCGAACUUCCAGCCUGAGGAUUAAUGGUUCACCUGCGCUUACCAGAAAGAAACCAAGUGUCGCACCCAAACCUCCACACCUGGUCAAUGCUCAGGCACAGGGUGAUGACAUUAUAAUUGGAAAAUCAACAGAAGUUUAGUCCUGGAUUUCCUGCUGAAGAUCAUUGGUUCAUCAGAUUUGAAGAUCCUGUGGGUGCCCCGCAGACGGACCAUUUAUCUGAAGUUAUUUUAUGACGCUACACAGUCACAAGACAGUCAGCUUUGUCUGGUCAUAAGGUUUAUUGAAUCAAUUGAGGUUUGGUGUGUUGGUAUCAUGUGUCAGACAUUCAAAUGUGGUUGUCUUAUAUCACAUAUAGACUAAUAACAACUCUGCAAGAAAGCAGAAGAGGUGACAUGGAUGAUGUGGUGGACAGAUUUCUCAUAGAGUGAGAGACACAAUGUAAUGUGGGAUCUCCUGUGCUGUACAAAUUGCACAAUUAUGAAUAUGCAGGGAUCAAAGAUGAUGUAUUUAUUAUCUUCAUAGAGAUCAACAGCUUGUGUGAAACACACGUAUUCAGGAGACCUCUGCAAGUGUAUCACUGUGUUUCAUGCUUCUUUUUACGUGUUAGCAAGCAGAGCAUUGCUUGACAAACAGUUGUGUGUUUCAUUAAUCUCUUGACAGCUGGACGACAUUGUUUUGGUUACAAGAUCACAAGGAUAAUGGAGUCUGGUAGUCCAGAGCUGUCCAUUGGCCAUAAGCCCAGAGUGAGCUGAAGAUCUGAACUUAAAGUUGAUGACCAUAAAUGGAGAAGCACGUGGAUAUGUGCAAAUACAUAGAAGUAAAAAUAUUUGAAGAUUUAUUGUUUAUUAUAAAAGUGAUUAAUAUAUUAAGGUAUUUCUUUUUCUCCUAAUCUUGAAGGUUUUUCUUGUUGGGCUAUUUUUAUACUACUGCUGUCUGUCUAAAUAUGUUUUUGUCUGUCUGGCUCUGAGAUUUUUACAGUAGUCCCACCUGUAAUCAUUUAGGGACAGACCUCUUACCUAUGGGUGAUCACAUCUGGAUAUGAAUUACUCUGUAACCCGUGCAUUUAACACAGAGAGAAAUGAACUUGAAACAUAACUUGAUACAUAAUCGUGAUCACACUACUGCUGCUGCAUGCUAAUAGACACAGUAAAUGAUGACAAGCUUCCAGACAAAAACCACUUUCUGUUAUGUAGGGUCCACUAAUGGUUUCAUGCUGAUCUAUGUUCCAGCUACACACUCAUGAAAAUGACCAUUACAAAAAGUUUUUCCUAUAUUUGUGUUUUUUUAAGAAAUGUUUGAUGAAAGAAGUCAUUCUUUUAUAAGGUCUGUGGUUUUUAAAGGUACAGUAAUCAAAUAAUAACAGGAUGUUGACAGACUAAGGUUAUAAGAUGGACCUCUGUUUAUUUAAUUUUAAAGCCACUAACU